CAGCUUGCUUGAGCAGAUCAACUCAACACUGAAAAUGGGAAAGGUAAGGUUAUCUACUGAAUUAAAUAUUUAAUUGUUACUGCAGUAGAUAAACAAUUCAUAGCCAAGAUAUUUCAGAUAUGAAUCAUUUGUUAUUUAAAAAAAAUAAAAAUUGAUUUGUAUUUUAUUGAUUUACAAAACAAGGGAGAUUGGUACAAAAAGAAGUAAGGGGAGAGUUGGGAUGGGGAAGCAAGUAAAUCCAGUUUGACAUUUGUACAGUUUCACAUAAUCAUCCUAGUUGUGCAGCAUUACUAUUAUUUCAACAUUAGGUUGGCAACACAUCAGCUACAUGACCUUUGAGGCAACAAUUCCGUCCACCUGAAACCUUUACGGAGACAGAACUGGGAAACUGGGCUAAGUAGGUCGUCCUGGUCGAUUUGAAUCAACCAACAAAAUAGGUUGAUCCUGUACUUUGCAGUCAGUACCUUAUUGUUAGAGGGUUAUAAGAUUGAACGGUGCCAACACUUAAUAGGCUCCUCAAUACAGUCUUAAUAGCAUGCAUUUAGGGGUGAGGGGGUACAGAAAUGAAAAUUGAAGAGGAGGGGAAAAAAAUUUAAACCUUAAACCUUGUACUAUUCUUUAUUCACAUUGUUUAUACACUGCGUUUAUACACUGCGUUUAUACACUGGGCUCGGCAUCCUUUGCUUGGUUCGCCCUUCUUACACCUGGUGUGUAAGGGAGCUUCUGAGUAUGUGGGCCAGCCAUUUGGGUCUCAGCCUUGGUGUCAUGCUAGGGCUACAGGGUAGACUUGUGGGGUGCGAACGGGAUUGUCCCGCAAUUGUGGUGUUGGCGUUGAUUGUAUAUAAUAGGCAGACCACAUUUCCCAUGUUGGUUGAAAUAUUUGUAUCUGGGCAUGUGAAAGUAGAGACAUGCAUUCAUAUGUGACAUAUUGGUGGAGUUUGUACAACAAAUGUCAUUUGUUAGGGCAUGAUGCCUGUUUCCAGUUAAUCGCUAUUAAAUUUCUAGCAUUAAGCAUGGUUAGCGCUGCCAGUUGUCUAUGUGCUUUAGUGAGGUUGUGAGGGAACAGGAGAAACAAACAAGUGGUUGGGUCAAGCUGUAUACCCAUGACGUUCAGGUUCCUGAGAACCUCCUUCACAUCUUCCCACAAUGGUCUAAUAAUGGGGCAGUCCCACCAUAUGUGUAAAAUUGCUCCCUCCGUCCUCCCACACCUCCAGCAGAACUCUGGUAUAUUAGAGUAGAAUUUGUGGAGCUUGCUAGGGGUUAGGUACCACCGGUAGACCAAUUUCCUAUGUGCUUCUACUUGGGAGUAGCAGUUAGUGAUACCUGUGAGUGCAUUGAUUGAAAGCAACCAAUCAGACCUCGUGGGGAAGCGUGUAUAUUCUUUAUGACAUUGCUCCUCAAAGGGGAAAGGUUUCUCUGUGAGGGUGUUCAGUAGUCUGAUAACACAGAGACAAAGAUUUAGGCUUUGAGUGUUUGCCAGCAUCUUGCAUAUAUCGGGUCAAUGAUUUGAGGCUCGGUGUGAGCCAUUUCUGUCAUUAAUACGUGUGUUGUGAGAAUACUUUUGAGUUGUAAGUAUUGGAAGACUGAUUAGUUGGGUAGACCGUAUUUUUGUUGGAGUACUGGAAAGGGUAAAAUUUGAUGAUGGUUGCAUAAAUCCCCUAUGGAACAGAUGCUCUUUUUGUGCCAAGAUGUGAACCCUAAACAUGGGGAAAGUAAGGUCAGGGCUGUCAGUGGUGUAAGAAGGUGAAACUUCCUAUGAAGUGCUUCAUUUAGUCUUAAUGAGUCCCACUGUUGGACUUUGAGGCUGGUUGUCAGGAGCAACUUGACUAAGGCCUGGUGAAGCGCUUUAGGUAUCCAGGGAACCACCCGGGAUCUGCUCGUUUUCCAUGUCAACCCAUUGGAAGGUUCCUUUUUUGGAACAGAGUUUAAUUGCAGCCUCUAAAAAGGAGGUUUUGUAGUAUGACAUUAAGUCUGGAAAAUCCACUCCUCCCUGGUAGGUACGCCUUUGGAGUAAGACUAGUGAAAGGCGGGGUUUGCGUGUUUUCCACAGGAUAGAUGUGAGGAUAGAUUGGAGAUGCUUAUAGAAGGUGUAAUGUGUAUGGGUAUCAUCCUAAUUUUGUCGAGGAUUUGGGAGAAUUACCAUCUUUAUCGCAUUGAGUCUGCCAUUGACUGUUCUCCAUUGUUGCACGUGUGAUUUGCACAUAUGUAUCAACAGUUUAAAAUUGAGGUCAAAUAGUCCCAGGAGAUGAACCUAACUUUAUUCCUAGGUAUGUCUGUCGUUCUCCAGUCAAAGUUGUACGUUUGUCUCAGUUGUUGCUUAAGUGGCGUAGGGAGGUUUAGAGGCAGAGCUUGGGUUUUACUGUGGUUAAGCUUAUAGUAUGCAAUGUUUCCAUACUGUUGCAGAAGUUGUAGCAACGCCGACACAGAGACGCCUCGAUUCUUCAGUGAGAGCAAGAUAUCAUCUGCAAACAUGGAGAGGCAAAACUGUUGGUCUCCCAUAGGUAUGCUGUGGAUAGUAGUGUCUGAUCUUAUCCAGCAACAGGAUGAAGAGUAUUGGUAACAGGGGGCACCUUUGCCUAUUGCCAUUUGUGAUAUGGAAUGGCGUGGAGAGGAAUCCAGAGUUAGAAACCCGAGUUUUUGGAUUAUUGUAGAGGGCCAUGAUACCUGAUAUGAAUGUUUGUGGAAAGUCAAAUGCAACCACUACUUGUGUCAUGUAGUGCCAGUUGAGUCUGUCAAAGACGAGGAGGAGGCCCUGUGUCUGUAUGUGUCAUGUGCAUGUGCGAGAGAAUGUUGAGAAUUUUUCUGCUGUUGUCAGAGCCUUGUCUCCCUUUAAUGAACCCUGAUUGAUCGUUAUAAAUCAGUGUUGGUAGAAGGGUGGAGAGUCGAUUGCCUAGAAGUUUGGAAUACAUUUUAAUGUCACUGUUCAGUAAGGAUAUCGGCCUGAAGUUUUGGCAUUGCAUUGGGGGUUUGCCCGGUUUGGGCAGAGUAGAAAUGUGUGCUAUAAGCAUGUUGCUCGGAAGUUUUCCUUGCAAGUAGCAGGUAUUACAAAGUAAUGUGAGGGCAGGUAGCAGGGUGAGUGCAAAUGGUUGAUAAUAGAGGUUGGUGAAGCCGUCCGGGACCGGAGCUUUGGUUGUGGGUAGAUCCCGUAUGGCCUUUUCUAUUUCCAGUUAGGUAAUUGGUGAGGUGAGGGUCUCUAUGUCUGUUGGGGAUGUAGAGGGUAGGUCCACCAUGUCUAGAAAGUCUUGAAUAAGUUGUGAAGAUGGUGGAACUGAGCUGGGUCGUUUGAGAUUAUAAAGAGAGCUGUAAUAGGAUGCAAAUUUGUUUACAAUAUCUUGUGGGUUUAGUAGUUUGCCUUUUUCUUUAGAUUGUGUGUAUGCUAUUUUUGAUUUAUGAGAUCUAGCCUUUAAUUGUGAUGCUAGUAAGGCCCCUGCUUUGUUGCCCUGUGAGAAAAAGUUAUGUUUAUAUUUAUGUAAUAAUAAGGUGUUUUUUCCAUUGCUAAGGUUUUAAGUUUGUUUUGUAGUUGCAAGAGUUUACCUUGUGUCUCUUUGGAUGGAUUGUGUUUAUUUUUGUGUGUCAAGUCCGUGAUGUCUCGGAUGAGUGAGAUGUUUGUUUGUAUCCAUUGUUUAUUAUGGUAACUACCAUGCUUGAUAAAGGUUCCCCUUAUGACUGAUUUGUGAGCCUGCCUAACUGUUUUGAUGGAUGUGUCUAAUAGGUUAUUAUUUGCAAAAUAAGAAGUUAGGUCCUUUUUUAUGGUAGAUCAUAUUUUGAGGUCUUUAAGUAAGGAAUUGUUCUGUCUCCAAGUGCCCGUUCCUGAGGACAGGUAUUGUUCCCGAUUGGUCAGAAUGAUAGGGGCGUGGUCAGACCACAUAAUAAGUCCUAUGGUGGUGUCCUGUAUUUUUUUGUAGUAGGCGGGAUGGUGUGAGGAAUCUAUCUAUUCUAGUGUAGGUGUUGUGCACUGUUGAGUGGAAAGUACGGUCUAUUUCUGCGGGAUAUAGUAUUCUCCAUGGGUCGACAAAGUCAUGGUGAAAGAUGGUGGAAGACAAUUUGUCUGCUAGGUACAUUUGCUUUUUAGCCGUCGGAGUAUGAACUUUGUGUUUGGAGGAUGAGGCCAUGGAUGUAUCUAGCAAGAAGUUAUUACGUCCUCCCAUUAUCACCGUUCCAAAAUUAUGUAAGAAAAUUAGGCGAAAUAUUUUUUAUCAGAGAACUUAGGUUGAUUGUCAUUUGGGCUAUAUACAUUGACCAGGGUAUAUGGUGCAUUAUUAAUGUAACAUUGAAUCAAUAAGUAUCUGCCUUUUUUAUCCCCUACUUUUUUGACUAGUGAGAAAGAGACAUCCUUAUGAAUCAGCAUGGAGACACAUAGUUUUUUAGAUUGGAAACAUGAAUGAAAAUUGUGCCAGAAUAGUGUAGAGCAGAACUUGGGUCGAUGACCCCAUUUCUUAAAAAAAAGCCACCUGUGCUUUAUUAAUUUUAACUUCCAGAAGGGCAAACCUUCUCUUAUUUUGUGAAUUCAGGCCUUUGGUAUUUAAUAAUAUAACCUUGACAGCCAUUAAGGAUGUUUUAAUUGAGUUGUUGUGUCUAUUUUCACUGUUGCAACUGGUUUGCUUCAGUGCAUUUAUGACCUUGGCAUGAACGCGUGUUGUACAUGUGAAAGACCAUAUGUGGCAAUUAUUCCCUGGUAUAGGGAAGGAAACUAGUGAGGGGGGGAGGGAGGAGGCCUCAUGGUAAUCAUCAAAUCGUAUUCUAUCUCUCUGGCUUUCCUGAGCUAGCCUCAAUAUCUUUGGUCGGGUGCUGGGUGUUGUUGGUACAAGCUUGCAAAAUCACGUAAGGGCUAGUGGGAUUACAAGUCACCCAUGGGCUAGUGGGAUUAGUGUCAGUGUGAUACAUAUACAUUAGUUUUUUGUGUGUACCCAAUGGACGAGUACAUAAAUAUGGCAGUGAAAUCAUAGGUAAAAGGUGUUGAACAUAAAAAAAGUAACAUAACUAUAUACAAAUAACUGUCAGGUGUUGUAGAGGUCAUACAGAGGGUACGAUAACGGCCAAAAUUAUUUUCUACCUGCUUUAGAACUACCUAAUCCAUCAGAGAUAUCGCCUGCUCCUUCUACAACUGAAAAAAAUAUUUCACUGGCUGUCAGUGUUACUAAUACCACCAUGACCAAUACCACCAACAUCACAAUUAUUACCAACAUCAACAUUUCAAUUAAUCAACUGAAAUGUUGAUGCCUAGUGGGGAUGGGUGUAGAUGUUAUGAUAAUGCGAUGUGUUAAGGAAAGGCACAGAAAUUAAACAUAUUUAGCAUUAAAUAUAGGAACUUAAAAUAAUAACAUCAAAUCAAAAAUAGAAUGUAGGCCAUUGGCUGUCAACUGUGAGAUGCAAAACAUGUGUGUUGAGCAUAAGGUGCUCAAUGUGAGAGAUUAGGCUCAUGCCAUGCAGCGUGGUGUCGCUUAGCUGUAGUAGUGGUAUGCCAGUCCUUAGUAAUCUUUGCUGUGGAUUGUUGUGCAAGUUUGGAGGUAGCGUUGUGAGUCUGCACUGUUGUGGGGAUGUUCCAUUCACAAAGCAGCUUGCGUCCAUCUUCCACUGUGGUGAUAUGGCGUUCUGUGCCGUUUCGCCUGAUCAUUAACCAUGCUGGGAAGCCCCAUCUAUAUAUGAUAUUGCCAUCUCUUAGGGCUGAUGUUAAAGGUGACAGGGCCUUCCACUUUAGGAGUGUGGUGGCAGAUAGCUUGGUAUAGAUCUUGAUCUCUGAGAAUUUAUCUGGUAAGGUUUGAAGAAGCCUGGUGGCUCACAUUACUUUUUCUUUGGAAUUAUAGAAAUAUGAGAAGCAGUAAACAAUCUAUAUAUUUCCAGGAAAUAUUCUUCUAGACACUUUGAAUUCAGCUGUUGAGGGAGACAGACCAGCAGUGAUUGUGCACCAAUGUAUGGAAUGGUGGUAUCAGUUGUGUGCCUGGUGAUGAUGAUAUUGCUCUUUCACCUAGCACUACAUACAUAACACUUUUACUUAUGGCCCAGAUGCUACUUAACUUAAGUCAGACAGCAGCCUACUAUUUUCUUUGACAGCUGGUUUGCACUCUCCUGCUGUAUCUUAUACACCUUGUCAAAAUUGUUUUCAACCUGCUUUAGCUCUACCUAAUCCAUCAGAGACAUCACCUGCUCCUUCUACAACUGAAAAUAAUAUCUCACCUGCUGUCAAUGUUACUACUACCAUCAUGACCAAUACCACCAGCAUCACAAUUAUUACCAUCAUCAACAUUUCAAUUAAUCAACUGGUGCUAGUGUACAGGCUAAUGUUGUGACAGCUUUCACUGCUCUGAUGCAAAUUCAGCUGCUUCUUCAGCAAACGCAAGGCCUUGAUUAACAAAGCCUUCCCACACAUUCAGUAUGUGUGACCAGUCCAGUGACAGCUCUUAAAUGUGUAAAAAAGAAUGCCCUAUUGCCAGCCUCUCCCAACUAUCUCUGCAGUGGUAGCAGGGAAGCUUCAGUCAGGCAGAGUAAAACCACUACAGGAGGUAUUUUAAAGAGACACUAUAGUCAUCAGAACAAGUACCGCUUACUCUAGUGGUUCAGAUGUCUAUAGCCUGUCCCUGCAGGCUUUUUAAUGUAAAAACUGCCUUUUCAGAGAAUUACUGUCUAGUAACACUUUUAGGGACACAUCUGCAACCGUACCCUACUCGGCACUGGAAUAAAAGUAGGUUUAUUCCUUUUUAAUGGGCCAAGGGAGGGUCAGGACCUAAACCGUAAUUUAAAAACUAUAGUGUCAGGAAUACAUGUUCGUAUUUCUGACGCUAUAGUGUCCUUUAAAUUUUUUUUUUUUGUUUAUGACUUCUUUUAAGAUGCUUUUUUUUUUUAAAUGCAUUACAUUUUGCACAUUAAAUUAUCUUUCUAAUUAUGUAUGAAUAUAUUUUUAUUUUAUUUUUCUAAGAAAUUAUAUGUCAUCAAACCUCAGAAAUACAAGAAUUCCAAAAGGCUUCCACAAUUUGACCACUAAUUUAUAUUAAUAUUGUAAUUUUGUCUGCUCAGAAAUAGCAUUGCAAAAAUGGUUGAUAUUGCGUGGUCAGUAAACUAAUCAAUAUUGUACCCAUUUUGCAUUGCUGUACACUAGUAUGUGCCUUUUUCCAAUAUUUUGGCAUGCCCAAAUGUGUUUUUCUAAUCUUAUUCCACUGAUAAUAUGCGGCCAAGCCCAACCACAGCAUAAGCAAGCAUGGGUCGAACAAUCUUUAAAAUGUCAUUUCCCCCCCCCCUGAAUCGAAGAAUCAUGCCAUGCACAAGUCCAAUGCCAACUUAAAUAAUUAAAAAUCAAACUAGACACUGUAAUACAAAAGUACAUUAUCAGUAUAUCAUUGUCAAUUUGAAAAAAAAACAUAUGAAACAAAACCAAAUAUUCAAACUUACUCUAUGUUUCCUAUAACAGGUUAUUUUCUAUGAAGAUCGCAACUUUCAGGGCCACCAUUACGAAUGCAGCUCUGAGUGCUCAGAUUUGACCAAAUAUUUUCAGCGUUGCAAUUCUAUCCGAGUGGAAAAUGGAAACUGGAUCCUGUAUGAGAACCCUAACCAUAGAGGACACCAGUAUUACCUUAGGAGGGGAGAAUAUCCUGAUUUCAAUCAAUGGAUGGGGUUCAAUGACUCUAUCAGAUCAUGUCGUAUUAUCCCACAGGUAUAUACAUUUUAUAAAAAUCUGCUUUAAAUCUAAACCUCUUUGAUAAAAUAUGCAUUCUUACAUAAAUAAAUAAGGUAUGCGCAGAUAAUGAAAUAUACACUUCAAAAUGCAUUUUAUUCUGCAAAUCAUAUAUAUUAAAGUUGGUAAGUAUGACUUUCUCUUUAGAAUAAUAUUAUUACAUAUGUAAAAUAAUAUAUCCUAAAUCACUGUAAAGUCUGUAUUAAACCAGAAAAAAAACACAUGACAUAGCAAGACGGUCACAGGAUUAUUCGCUAAACACCGAAUUUAGCCUAGAUGGUGAAAAUUACUUAAAUCCAUCCAGAAUGACAAUUUUCACAUUUAUAAAAUAUGUGUCCAGUAGAGCUGAGCGGACACCUGGAUGUUCGGGUCUGGCGGGUACGGCCGAAGUUUGAAAAAAAGACCGGGUUCGGGCUCGAACUUGACCCCGAACCCGAACCCCAUUGAAGUCAGUGGAGAUUCGAACUUUUGGGCACAAAAAUGGCUCUAAAAAACUCAUGGAAAGGGCUAGAGGGCUGCAAAAGGAAGUAAAAUGGGGGUAAGAGUAGGAUAAGUGCCCUGCAAACAAAUGUGGAUAGGCAAAUCACUUAAAAAUAACAUAAAAUAAGCAGCCGCUUAGUAGAUAACUUCCUAAUUCCCACGGUAUUAAGGAGCUAUCUAACAAAAGGCUGAAAGACCUUAAUAAAGAUUACUUAGUAUUAGUAAAUUCAGCCCCUACUCGCUAUACCGUGAGUAGGGGUGUGAUUGAUAAAAAAAACUAAAAAAAACCUAUUGCCCCCAACCCUGUGCGAUGGACUGUCCUCCCCCCGGCCCCGACCCCUGAACACCGGAUGGUGGCCCUAAAUAAAAAUUUUGGGGGGUACCUACUGUCCUCCCCCCUGGCCCCCACCCCUGCGUGGCGGGUGGGGGCCCUAAAUAACAAGGGGGGGACCUAAUGUCCUCCCCCGGCCCCCACCCCUGAGCAAUGGGUGGGGGCCAUAAAUAAAAAUUGGGGGGGACCUAAUGUCCUCCCCCUGGAACCCACCCCUGAGCGGUGGGUGGGGGCCAUAAAUAAGAACCUACUGUCCUCCCCCCGGCCCCCACCCCUGAGCAGUGGGUGGGGGCCAUAAAUAAAAAUUGAGGGGGGACCUAGUGUCCUCCCCCCAGGCCCCCACCCCUGAGUGGUGGGUGGGGCCAUAAAUAAGAAUUUGGGGGGACACCUAAUGUCCUCCCCCCUGGCCCCCACCCCUGAGCGGUGGGUGAGGACCAUAAAUAAAAAUUUCCCCCCAGGUGACUAGGGGUCCCCAAACCCAUAGUCAACCAUCUCCCCAAAAAAAAUUACCCCUACCUAUCCCCUCAUCCUAAAAUGAGGGGGGACCCUUGUCUAAAUACCUGUUAAAAAAAAAAUAGACUUACCAUUUGAUGUCUUCUUUCUUCUAAAAUCUUAUUUUUUCAGCCCCCAAAAAGGCCAAAUAAAAAUCCAUAAUAACCAAUGCACAUUUAAAAAAAAAUAAAAAAAAAAAUUUUCACCCAUGGAGGGCUCAGCGCAGACUGAGCUCUGCAGGACGGGGCAAGGCUUAUAUAGCCUUUCCCCGCCCUGCAAUUAGGCUCAGAGAACUCUGAUUGGUGGGUUUAAGCCAUCCAAUCAGAGUGCUUAGACAGGUAAAUGAAGAGACUGACAGGUAAGUCUCUACAUUCACCUGUCACAGCACUCUGAUUGGUUGGCUUGAAAUCCACCAAUCAGAGUGCUCUGUGUCAUUUUACACAGCGUGAGAAAGUUCUUUGGAAAUUAUGGCUUUGUUAGACAUUUAGCUGCCCUCCCCAAGAUGGCCGUGUUCUAUUUUCAGUAUAUUUCACACUCCCCUUCCCUCCUGCUCCCCUGUCCCCAUGCGGCAUUGCGGCUCACUUCCGGUAUGCGGAAGUGCCCAUAAUCACGUGGUUAACUACAAACGCUUAUUUUUAUAUCUUCCCACCCUCGUUUUUAAUAUCAAUUCAUUUAUAACAUGUCAGGUUACCUAUAAGUAUUCUCUUAUACAGUUAUUUAUGUGUUUUACAAUUGCUUACCUAAUUUUAAUUCUGAUUGGCUGGACCAUUUUUGGCGCCAAAAUUCCAAUCACUUGUGUUCCUAUAUAACACUAAUAUGCCAGGUAUUGUUUGUUAUUCCAUUUGAAAAAGUCUUUUGACGAAACGCGUUAUGGAAAUUUUAUAUUGUGUAUUUUUGUAUUAAAAGUAUAUUUGGUAAUUUGAUUGUGCCAGUUAUCUUUUUUACCUAUACUUUUUUAUUUGUAUCUUUACCCUGGCUUAUUAUUAUCUUAUUUAUUAAUUUUUAUCCAUUCUGGUUUUAUAAUAUUUGGAAGCUUCUUACAUUCCAAGAAAUCCUAGUUAGGGAUUAAUCCACUUAUGCUAAUACCUCAGAGCAGUCCGCCUGCUCUUUACUUUUUUUUGUACUUUUGUACAUUUUUAUUUAAUUUAUACCAACAUUACUAUACAGUGAGCACUAUUGGCUGUUUCUUCUUUCCUGAGAAUCGGACACCACUGACGGAGAGGUACCCACCAUAUAUCCUAUAAGCGGGGAUUAUAC